CAUCGCCACACCAUGGCAAGACAGCUGCCAGCGCAUCUAUCGCACAAAAGCGCAUUGGCGCUACUUCCGUCCUCUAGCAUUACUGCACCUAUUGAAGCGGUUCGACGCGUCCACGACAAGCACUUUGCUCGUUGGCCACCACAUAUUAAUCUGCUCUACCCUUUCCUUGCGUCUCCCUCUGAGACCAUUGAGCAAGGAGCGACCUCUACUUCUCAAUUGAAAGAAUCUAUUCGCACGCGGAUCUCAAAAGUAACAAGGAACAUUGCACCUUUCCACGUGUCCUUGAGUGCCGAGCUGCCUGGCACAUUCUCUCACAGUCAAAGAAGCAAGACCGUGUGGUUGGGCCCUUCCACUCAAUCUAUCCAGCAGCUCCAAGCAGAUUUUCAGGCUGAGUUCUCCGAGUGUAACGCAGAUCAACGACCUUUCACGCCUCACCUAUCUAUGGGGCAGGCAGGCAGUGAGCAGGGGGCACUUCUCCUUAGAGAAGAGAUUAAGAAGAGCGUUCGCGAACUGACUACAGUCAAGGAAGAACUGCCUAUGGCACUGGACUGGUAUGUUGAUAAAGUGUUUGUCAUUGAGCGAACAGGCUACAAGGAUCGUUUUAAGAUCGUUGGCACUAUCGAGCUAGGGAAAGAAUAGCAUCCGUGGCCCCCCUCAAUUCUUAGCAAUGAACUCCGCCAAAUGCUCGUCCAGCCAUUUCACAUCAUCCGUGGAUUGCCCGGGACCUAUAUGUAUUAGCUAUCCGCAAAUUAUGUCGCCAGAGAGCACUUACCGCCAGCCCAAUGUCCCCAAAUAGACGGGAAGACCUUGAACGUUCCGACUCCUGGCUUCAU